GCCAUGGAUACAAAGUUGACUCCUGGUAGAAAAAGGGAGAGAGAAGUUUUCCGUCCGCUUUGUUGCUAGGCCUUUGUGUAUUUAUUUAGAAAUAAAAUCUGAGUUAGGGAUGUGUAGCGUUUUAAUAUGAUUGAGACAAUCUUAACGGAGCAGUAUAAUGUCGUAAAAAGUGUAAACUGAUUUAAAUCUAGCUAAGAGAGCCGUAUUAGGAUAUUAAUAAUCAGACAGCGCCAUGUCUCACAGCACAUAUAACAAACUCUGGACUGAAGCUCAUGAGGAACUCAGCGAUCUUCUGAGCCAGGAGCUUCCCCCCGAGCCCUUACGGCCUGAGAGAGACCGGAUGGUGUUCUUCCAGCGCCUCGCCACCCUGUACGUGCGCUACGUCAGAAUCUUCAGGGAGCUGGAGGAGGCUUACGAUCAGAUCAUCCAGCCGCAGAAGAGGAGGCUGAUCCGCGACGUGCUAGACGGCGUGAUAGGACGCGUGCUGGAGCUGAAGAACGAGAUGGUGGAGAAGGAGUACUCACAGUACCAUUACAUGGAUGAUGUCAUCCAGGAUUUGAAACUGACGCCUGAGGAUCUUGAGAUUCCAAUCCCGAAGUACUUCCUUAGUGAACGGCGUAAAGUGCUGCAGGAGCGAGCCGCAGUUCUCUCCAGCAUACUGGAGCAGAAUGGAAUGGUGGAGAAACCAAAACCUACUGCAGCACACGUGCUGAGUCUGGAGGAGGCCAUCAGGAUCAUUCAGGUGUCGGAGAGGGCGCGGCAGGGUCGCCUGAGGUCCAACAUCAUGCGGGAGAUCCACAGGGAUGCGGAGAGACAGAAGAAGACCAAAGACAAGGAUCUCGGCGAAGCCGUGGAACAGGCUGCUAUUCGAAUCCAGAAGGUGUGGAAAGGUUACGUACAGAGGAAGAAGACGAAGCAGGAGCGCGAAGAGGAGAUGAUUUUUCUGGGCAUGUCCAUGAAGCCCGGUCUGGCUCAGUCGUGCCCCGCUGUAGUCCUCGCUGAAGACAAGAAAGUCGUGAGGAGGAGCAAGCAGGAGGAGCACGAGGAGGAUUUUCAGAAAGCUCUGAUCUCCAUCUCGGAGAGCCUGCGAGAGACCGAGGGUCCUGACAUGAAGGAAAUGAUGAAGGAUCAGAUCAGACAGUGGUUCAUCGAGUGCCAUGAUGCAACGGGUUCCUUUCCCGAAUAUCCAAAUGAGGAAGAUGGCGGAUCGGCUAUUAUUUUCGCUAAUAAAACACCUGAGCAGCUGAUGGAAGAGCUGGCAGCUAAAGAAGAGGAGGAAGAAAACAAUAAGCCGAAAGAGAAGGAACAGCAGAAAGGGAAAAAGGAGAAAGGGAAAGGAGAAGAAGAGGAAAAGGAACCUGGACUGAAGUUGCUGCCGUCUGCGUUUCUGUCCGAGCUACAGAACAGCCACAAGACGUUUAAAGAUAUCUGGCAAAACCGUGACGAGUCGAAGAACUUCAGCCAAAGACACGAAGCAGAACUCAUUAAAGAGGAGAAGAGGAAAGAGAUCGAGGCGGAAAUAAGACUGCAGGUGGACGAGUUGAUGAGGCAGGAGCUUGCGAAUUGGAAGCUAGCUGUGGAAGGAAGUAAAGGCGGGAAGUCCAAGACUGGAGGAAAGAAGAAGAAAGGAUCGAAGGGUGGGAAGAAGAAAAAGAAAGACAGAGACCUUACAGCUGAUAGGAGCAUGGAGUCGCUGUAUGAAGAGCUGGUGGUGGAAGGCCUGCUGAAACCAGCGGAUCACGUGAAACUACACGACUUCAUAGGAGACUACAGCUACCUGGGCACGACCCUGAGGCAGACCGACAUCGAGCCCAUGCCUUCAUUAUCUGACGUGCGCCAAGUUAUAUCUCUUUGUGCCGUCUUACCACUGGGUUCCCAGGUGAUCCAUGAGAAAGCCCCGCUGGUAAAGGCCAUUCUCCUGGUGGGGCCUUCAGGAGUGGGGAAGAAGAUGCUAGUCCAUGCUAUCUGUCAGGAGACGGGAGCUAACCUGUUUGACCUUUCCCCUUUGAACCUGGUGGGGAAGUAUCCAGGCAAGAGUGGGCUCCAGAUGAUGCUGCACAUGGUGUUUAAGGUUGCCAGAUUAAUGCAGCCAUCUGUGGUAUGGAUCGGAGAUGCUGAAAAAAUGUUUUAUAAGAAAAUACCAAAGGAGGAGAAAGAGUUAGAUCCAAAGCGGCUAAAGAAAGAUCUGCCCAAAAUGCUUAAAACGAUCAAAGGUGAAGACCGAAUUCUUAUUGUAGGGACGACAAACAAUCCGCUCAGCGCAGACCUAAAGUCUCUGUGUAAGCUUUACACCAAGAUCAUCCUCAUACCACGGCCGGACUACGCCUCAAGGUUUGUCAUGUGGAAGGAACUGAUCCGGCGGAACGGCGGUGUUGUGACCAACGCCCUGGACCUCAGCUCCCUGGCUAAGAUCUCAGACGGAUACACGCAGGGUCACAUGGUACGCGUGGUGAAGGAUAUCCUGACGGAGCGGCGCAUUCGGCAGCUCGCUAAACGGCCGCUGACCGCCGCCGAGUUCGUCUCGCCUCUCGCCAGGAUCGACCCUGUGUUCCAGGACGAAGAGGAAGCCCUCAAAAGCUGGUAUGCCAAGACUCCCCUGGGUAAGAAGAGAGCGAGAGCCGCUUUAGGGGUGGACGGAGAGCAAGACGUAGCAGCCAAAGGAGGCAAAGACAGCAAGAAGAAAGGAAAGAAGUAACGCAAACAUAGACUUGACCUACGACUGUAUCACAUUCCUCGACGCUUAAAAAAUAAAACCGUGCUUUUUUUUUUU